AUGUCUAUCACUGACAAACUGCCUGCUACCUUUGGGGACGCGAAAGAGGAAGUCGACCUUGAGAAAUACCCUACCGCGAAGGCCUUGGUGCAAAGAUGCGCGGAAUUCUUUGCUGAGGUUCAAGACUUGAAUAGGACACCCGGACAGGAUCUUGAAAAAUAUCUUAACGAAAAUUACGGACCCGGAAACCCAUAUUAUGAAGAUUUUGUCAAGUAUGUGCGCAAGGGCAUAAAAGAGAAGGAAGGAUGGUGUGCUUCAAUUGAAAUCGACGGUGAGAAAUACAGGCGAUCCAGAGUUAGUCUUCCUAAGCCGGAGACGAGGUUUUUCAGUAUCACUACCGUCUAUAUGAAUAGUAAGGAUGUGUACAGAGGACAGUAUCAUGUUCAUCCUUAUGGCGAGAUCAAUUGCGUUGUGCAGAUCGAUGACGGGGCUGAACUGAAAGGGAUGAAGGGAUGGCAAGGCGCUGGCUGGACUAGCCCAGGUGCGGGAACACAUCAUUAUCCCGAGGUGCGAAACGGUGCAGUUGUUGCACUUUACUUUCUGCCGGCGGGGAGGAUUAGUUUCAAUGCCACGGAUGAUAUGGCUCAGCCCCUCACUGUUUGA